GCAAGUUAGCUACUUUCCAUAAGAAACUGUUUAGCCGUCUUAGUUUUUUACGUCAUAUGGAGUUGUGUUGUUUAAUGUGUUAAUAAACGGACCCCUUGUCGAAGAUCACGAAAGCCACCUUGCCUUAACCAUAGAAGUUGGCACCACAUAAAACCAUUUUAUAAAGUUGGUAUAGCCAUAGUGAUCACAGCAGAAUGAGUUUUCUCAAACAAGAAAGUUCUAAAAGUCGAUCAAGUAUAUCAAGUAUAUCCACAUCAACAUCUGCACUUGGCACAGCAUCAGUUUCGGGUACCACAGCCUCUUCAACAGAUUUGGCUAGCUUCUUUGAAUGCCCUGUGUGCUUCGAAUAUGUCCUUCCUCCAAUACUGCAGUGCCCAAGUGGGCAUCUGGUAUGUUCCAACUGUCGACCAAAACUCUCUUGCUGUCCAACAUGCAGAGGGCCUUUAGGCAAUAUCAGAAAUUUGGCUAUGGAAAAAGUUGCUUCCACCGUCCUCUUCCCCUGUAAAUUUUCUACAUCAGGAUGCCAAGUCUCAAUGUUACAUACAGAUAAAGGAGAUCAUGAGGAGGUUUGUGAGUAUAGACCUUACUCUUGCCCGUGCCCUGGUGCAUCUUGCAAAUGGCAAGGAGCAUUAGAGCAAGUAAUGCCUCAUCUAUUGAAUCAACAUCGAUCUAUCACGACACUUCAAGGUGAAGAUAUUGUUUUUUUAGCAACAGAUAUUGCACUCCCCGGCGCUGUUGACUGGGUCAUGAUGCAAUCAUGUUUUGGUCACCACUUCAUGCUUGUACUUGAGAAACAAGAAAAAUACGAUGGGUUACAACAAUUUUUCGCCAUCGUCCAGCUUAUUGGUACAAGGAAGCAAGCCGAUAACUUUGCCUACAGACUGGAAUUGAGCGGACACAGACGGCGACUGACAUGGGAAGCCACACCACGGUCUAUCCAUGAAGGCGUGUCAUCUGCGAUUCUUAAUUCGGACUGCCUCGUUUUUGACACUUCCAUCGCACAGUUGUUUGCCGAAAAUGGCAAUUUGGGUAUAAACGUUACCAUUAAUAUGUGCUGAUUGUUUGAAUUUGAGAGGUACUCAACAUUUCCUCUCGCCAAAUAAGUUUGGUUGUGCUAAUUAGUAUCCAUUUUCGCCUAAAUGACACUGGUUCAUUUUUUACAAUCGUGUUUUCUCGUCCCUACAUGCGUUGUUUGUGUGCUUGCACCGAAAAUCACAGAAGUCCGUACGAAUGAUAAAAAAUUGUUGUAAACGACUGUUUUCCCCCAGUUUUUCCCCUUUUAUUUCUUCCUUGUUCGAGCAAAAUUUCUGUCGCGUUGCCUUGUACAGUUUGCGAUUGCCCUCAACGAUGAAUUAUACGGCUCCAUGUUCAAACAAAGCAAA